AUGGCUGUGGUGACGCGACGCUGGCUGUCUUCAGUAGCCUCUGCGAAGUCGUCGGGGAAAGGUCUCGUCGUGCCGGUGGCGGAAGUACACCGCUUCAUCGUGGACUGUUUGAAGGCUGUGGGUACCUGUACAGACAAGGCCUGCAUCCAGGCAGACGUGCUAGUCGCCGCCGACUAUAGGGGACACUUCAGCCAUGGCAUGAACAGGCUCGAGAUGUACGUGAAGGACAUAAGGAAUGGAACAUGCAUGCCCAAUGCUGAGCCAUGUGUUCUGAAUGAUACGCCAUCAACAGCAUGGGUGGAUGGCAACAAUGGACUGGGUGCAUUCGUAGGCAACUUCUGCACACACAUGUCCAUCCAGAAGGCCAAGCAGACCGGCAUAGGAUGGGUCACUGCCAAAUGUUCUAAUCACUAUGGAUUAGCUGCUUUUUAUGCUCAACAAGCACUACAGGAAGGAAUGCUGGGUAUGACUUUUACAAACACAUCACCACUGAUGACGCCAACUCGUGCAAAGGAGGCAGCCCUGGGUACAAAUCCAUUGUCACUGGCAGCUCCAGGAACUGGAGGGGAUAGUAUCAUUAUUGAUAUGGCCACAACUGCUGUCGCUGUGGGAAAGAUUGAAUUCCAGCGGCGUAAAAAAGCACCUAUUCCAUCCGGCUGGGCUCUGGGUCCCGAUGGUGCACCAACAACAGAUGCUGAGGUGGCCUUCAAAACUGGCCUUCUCAUGCCCCUUGGGGGUUCAGAAACGCAUUCUGGAUAUAAAGGCUAUUGCCUGGGUAUUCUUGUCGAAGUAUUUUCUGGAAUACUUAGUGAUGAUAUGGUCGCCUUAAUGUUUCUUCUCACUGGAAUUGCUGAACUUCCUCCUGUUGCUGGGGUGGUAGUAGUUGAUUGUUGGUGUUCACUGAUACAUGUAAAAUUAGAUAUCCUUGGUGAUACUUUUGACACUGGAUCUGCUGAUGUCCUUAGUGGGUCUCCUGUGGUACUGCUUCUGGUUUCCAGUGCCCAGUUCUUGUUGUAUCUUGAAUAUCUUUGGGUGUGGAACUUGGUUCUGCUGCUUUUUUUGGAUUAG